AUGAAUGCGUCUUCGUUCCCGUCCUUCUCGAAUGCCACGUCAUCCCCACAUGCGCCGACCUUCUCCGAACUGCUCGCCCUCGUCCUUCUUUUCAUCAAAAUCAUUCUGAACUCGGUCGGAUUCCUGCUAAACUGCUUGCUCCUCUGGCUCAUCAUCCAGAACAUUCGCAAGUUGCACACCACGUUCAGCAUCUUGCUCACCUACACUCUCGUCAAUGACAUCCUCAUCUCGACCACUCUUCUGCUUUGCCUCAAACGGUAAGUUGAUCCAUUCCUUCUUCAUUUUCCUCCAUAAUCCGAUCUGCAGAAUCGUCCAAUGUCACGAGACCGUUGCAAUGGUCUACUUCGGUCCGUGUUCCCUCGUUUCUCCGGAAUUCUGCCAUGUCCUCGAUUCAAUUCAUUUGCACGCCCUUCAGAAUUGGAUUCUCUCCCAGAUUCUCCUGAUUGGCUUCCGAACAGCAAUGCUCUCUUCUGUGCAGUCGUUCCUCUCCGUCAAGAAGACGGUCUCCUUCUGUAUUCUGGCGUGGCUUCCUGGCGGGGUCACACUCGUGAGUCAAAGUUAGAUAUGAUCACGAUUGAUUCGAGAAUUCCAGGUCCUCCACAUAAUGUACACCUUCUCCCCGGACCGUCUUCUCGCUUUGAUUCACCGUUGCUACGACGAAGAUUUCUCUCACAGCGUCGGUCAGUCCUAUAUUUCUUUCCGCCUGAUUAUCUCUUUUUGUCUUCAGUCAGUGGCUACGAAUCCUUCUACAACUCACCGAUGCCGUUCACACUCGUAAUGCUCCUCGUGCCCAACAUUCCCCACUAUUUCUUCGUGUACUGCUUCCGUCACAAACAGAAUCACGAUCUGAAACGACGGACAAUGUCCGUGACGACGCUCCGAAUGCAUUCGACACUCCGGAAAGUCUCCACGAUGAAGGCGUUCCUUCCGUUGUUCCUUCUCGCCGACGUUCUCAUUUUCUUCUUCUGUCAAAUGGAACUUCUUCCACCUCAAUUCAUGGAAUAUUUCCUUGGUUCGUCACUUCUUUCUCCUCCCCCUUUUUUUAAAGUUCGAACUUCCAGGAACGAUCUCCAGCUCGAUCAACAUUCUGAAUCCGAUCAUCGCAAUCUGCUGCUUUCGUCCAUAUCGGAGCAUGUUCAAAGAGUAUUACCGGUUUAUUAUAUCGUGAGUUAUCCAUCUCAAGAUCAUCACAAUAUGUUCAUUGCCAUUUCAGAAAGUUAUCUGCCCAUCCGAAAGUUGUGUUCUUGGAUGGAAGUUCAGACGAAAUUGUCAAUUUGUAA